AUGAAGUUCCUCGCUCUUCUCUUCUCUGCGCUUGUCGCACUCAUCACUUUCCUUCCCUCCCCCACCAUCGCAGCAUCACGAGGUCUCGCGUGGGGCACCAACAACAACUGGGGUCCUUCUGUUGCCAAGGGCCUUAUCGAGUGGUACUGGCACUGGCAAGACGGCCCCAACUCGCGCUUCAACGGCAAGCUCGAAUUCGUCCCCUGCUUCUGGGGUCCCAAGUACUACAGCCAAUGGAACCAACGCAAGCAAGAGAUGAACCAGAACGUACCAUCGGCGCUUCUCGGCUUCAAUGAGCCUGACAUCAGCGGGCAGUCGAAUCUGGACCCCACCACGGCGGCGAAUCUGUGGAUGAAGGAAAUUCAGCCAUGGAAGAAGCGUGGUGUUCGACUCGGUUCCCCUCAAAUCGUAUAUAACCAGGACUGGCUCGGCAGCUUUAUGAACAUCUGCCGCAGGAAAGGGUGCACGGUCGACUUCAUUGCCAUCCACUGGUACGGAUCUUGGAACGACCUCGCUGGACUCCAGCGCUACGUGCGUCAGGUGCGCGCCCGAUUCAACCUGCCUAUCUGGAUCACCGAGUACGGCGUCACUUCCUCGUCCGGAGGAAGCCAGCGGCAAAUCAAGCAGUUCCACAUGGACGCGACCAAUUGGCUCAACUCGCAGAGCUACAUUGAACGCACCUCGAACUUUGGCAGCUUCCCCGUGUCGCGACCACCCGAUGCCUUUGGAUCCCGCCUCAACGCCAUGUUCAACGGCGACGGCAGCCUGCGCGAUCUCGCCCACUGGUACGUCUGGUCCUCUGGCAACUCGAGACGCAGUCUCAGGGCAGACAAUUCGACCGCAGAGGACGACUUUGAGCCUACCAAAAAGGAGGUGCCCAUCUUCGAGAAGCCCGCCAGCUUCAGCCACGAGCUCGAUCUCACCGAACUCAGUGAAUAG